AUGGCUCCUCGCGGUCGUGGAGGAAAGUUUUCCAAGCCUUCCAGAGGAGGCGGAAAGAAGUUCAGUCGCGAUGUCCAGCCUACCGAUAAAGAUGGUAACCCAGUCGGUCUGUGGCGGGAAACCCAGGACGAUGUCCCCUCCUCAUCAGAAGAAGAAUCCAGCUCAGAGGAGGAGUCCUCAUCAGAAGACGAAGACGAAGCCGGUCCCAGCAACAGCAAAGACAAUGCCGCGGCCUCAUCUAACAUGACCCGCGAGGAACGCCGCGCAGCAGCGAAAUCCAAAAAGCAAGCCGCCCUCGCCAAACGACGCCAGGUUGCCGCCCAACCGGGCGACUUACCCCCGUCCGACUCGGAAGAUUCCGACGACAGUGAAGACGAUGGAGAGCUCCCCGCCAAUCCUAACCAUACCGCCAAAUCCCGUUCUCAGCUUGAGAAGCCCUCCGGAGACGCGCUGGCCAAACCCAAAGCCAACGGCAAGGAUCUCUCCCAGCUUUCCCGUCGCGAGCGCGAGGCAAUCGAGGCGCAGCAAGCUCGGGAAAGAUACAUGAAGUUGCAUGCGGAGGGUAAGACGGAGGAGGCCCGGUCCGAUCUGGCUCGGUUGGCUCUGAUCCGCGAAAGACGAGAGGCCGAACGUCUGCGUAAAGAGGCCGAGAAGGAAGAAAAGGCCGAGCAGUUGGAACAGGCCAACCAGCGAGCCAAGGAGAGGGAGGAUAAGCUGCGGGAGGCCGCAAUGGGCAAAAAGAAGGGUGGUUCCAAGAAGAAAUGA